GUGGAAUGAGCACAGGUAGGUGUGACCGGGAACCGGAUGAUGGCAUGCAUGCUCGUGCGAGGCGAGGAUUUACGUAAUGGGGAAGAGACGGGAAGGGACGGGAAGGAAAGGUUGCUCGAGAAUCCGUAGGAAGAGAAUCAAGCGCAAACCCCUGGACUGAGCCAAAACCCUCGGGCACCGGAGGGGACUGCGACGGCUGCCCCGGUUCUUCGUAGCUCGAUCGAUCCCAGAGACGUGCUCGUGACAGGAAGAGCCUGAGAAGACAAGAGCAGACAGGUUGCAGCUAUGGCUGCCACGCCCAAAUCCAAGGCAGGCGGUGACAAGUCUCAACGCAAAUUGGCGUUCUCGAAGGAGGGCUUGGGUCUUCAGGAACCGGAAGUGAAAUCUCGAUAUGCACCGCCCGAGCAUUUUCAGUUGGUGGAUGGGGCGGAACCUCUCGUUGGAGAAGCUCUGGACAGCAAUACCGAACUCUGGCUAGUGAGAAUACCUGCCAACGAGAUUUCGCAAGAAGAUCUCGUAGAGAAGAAAUUGAGAAUUAGUGUUGAUUCUGCAGAUGGGAAAGUUGGUCACUUUUUUACGUUACAAGGGCAAGAGUACAAUAUCAUGAAGCAAGAUAGUGGCGACGUCGUUCAACCUUAUGCUGCCGUACCGACUGAGUCAGGGCAAUUCCUCUUGAGGAAAAUAAGACGACAAGUGGGUCUCGUUCGCAACAUCGGCGUCUUUAAGGAUUCCAUUGCUCCAGAAACCCCUGAGUCGAAAGAAGAGGUAUUGAAUUCCGACAAGCAGACGGCUCCGGCUCCAGCUCCAGUUCCAGUCGUAGUGAAGAGGAAACGAGCACAUGAAGGCUCACAAAAGAGAUGACGUACAUGUGUUGAUGUCGUCAUCGCCUGGAAAGGAGUCGCUUAAUGCACCGUGGUUGGUCAUGCUGCCUCCUCUCAAGUCCACACGAAGCCUGUAACAUUAUGCCCCCAGCGUUGAUACCAGCGGAGCAGAAGCCACAUGAACAACCUUGAACCAUGGCAUGCAGUUGACUUGUAUUUUGUCUCGCUGGGCACUGAAGAGAAUUUAUAGACCUUCCCAGAUGUCGGAAUGAUCGUCGAAGGUUUGUCCACCUAAGGAGAGACGGAGCUGCUGAAGAAGCAUCGAGGUUAAAGACUUGGAGUCCAGUCGGGCUUCGUAUUCCUUUCUUCCGAUCCCAGCACUCCUUGUUGUAAGCUUCACAGUAUACUCGAGGCUUGCCCUCUGAGCUUCUUGGGCACGAAAGACAUGAGGUAAUGUUCAUCCCAGCAGCCAGCCUGGAUCUUCGGCACAGAGUGGAGACUCGUGCGUCCACAAGCUGGACACACAGAAGUUUUGUGAAUAUGUCCGAGAGGAAUAUUAUUGUCCUGCGUACAGCCCCACGGGGCUAGCGGCUCCUGAGCUUCUACUGCAUAUUGAUCAGCAGAAGUUCGUGUCAGUUAAGUCCUCUUAUUUCGGAUGGUCAUUAGAAGAUUGUUUCUUCAGCCUUGUAAGUCUUGCGCUUCUGCAAUUGUAGAUGCGAGUAUGCAAUAAACGGGGAUGAAGAGUGAUCAAGUGGACAUACAGAUCGGACUGCAUGCUUCCUCGACACUCUCUUCUUAUUGAUGAAUUGGC